AUUGAACAGCAACUGGUGCAGAGCGAAGAUCCUGCGCAUGCACCCAUAAGCAAACCUAUCUUCAUGACCCGUUUUCCCGCCGAGAUCAAGUCAUUUUACAUGUCUCGCUGUACUGAUGACACGCGAGUGACGGAGUCGGUAGAUCUUUUAAUGCCAGGUGUGGGUGAGAUGGUUGGUGGUAGCAUGAGAUGCUGGGAGUACGACAAACUCAUCGAUAGCUACAAGAAAAACGGAAUCGAUCCAGCGCCGUACUACUGGUACACGGAUCAGAGAAAGUACGGUUCCUGUGCCCAUGGCGGAUACGGUUUAGGCUUUGAAAGGUUCUUGAUUUGGAUGACCGGCCGCAACCACAUCAGAGACGCGUGCCUUUAUCCAAGAUUCGUCGGCAGAUGUAAACCUUGA